GCCGGACUUAUCGGUACUCGCCAAGAAUUCCGUAUUCGCUAUUUCCGAUAGUAUAAUCAUCACUGUAAAUUCUUCAGUGCCUUAGUUAAGGUAGAUCUGCUUAGAGGGUGGCGCCCGAGCAGGCAGUGCAAGUGACGUAUUACAAAGCAGACGCCGAAAGUCCCCGAACACGAUAGCAUCACUCAAUCAAUCUACGCGACACAAACCUACAAUCGCCCUCUUGCUUACCAACUCUACACCUAUAAAACAAUUAUCUCCCCAUACAAUCUUAUCUUUUCCCAUCACGUCAUUCUACAUACUAUCGCAGACUUAAACUCACACUUAGCACUUCUUUCAACAACCGUGACAAUAACGUCUCCAACGAAUCCAUCGCCACUCCGCUGCUGUACAAACAUGGCAGACUCUCCCAUGUCCGACAGCGAGCAGUCCUGGCUCACACUCUCAAUCGCACACCGAAAACAACUUACGAACUGUCAUUCCCCGAAGACGCAACCAUCACAGAUCUCUUCAACGAGAUCGAAGCGAGUCUCGACAUCCCCGUCGCAAACCAAAAGAUCAUCGCCCCAAAGACUCCCCUCCUCAAAGCACCCUUCAAGAACCCCGACAUGCCCCUCCUCGACCUCAAGGGCAAACAUCUAACGCUCAUGGGCUCUGGCGCUGCGGAGAUCCAGCAGGUGCAGGAUAUGGCCGAGCGCGUUGCGAAGCGCAAUGCUGCGAGGAUGGCGCAGAGGAGUAAAGCACGGCAUGCGACGACGACGCGACGAAAUCCACAAGACUCGCAAUAUACAUUUCUUCAAGUACGACCGCUGCAAGGACUUCCGAACCCAGACCGCAGUCUGAAGCUAUUGCUGCGAUUGAAGGAAGACCCUGGUAUUCGCGCUGCCAUGACCAAGCACAAAUUCGCUGUUGGGCUUCUUACAGAGAUGGAACCUCUUUCGCAUACGCAGACAACGCACGAAGGAACAAGUCGCAUUCUGGGACUGAAUCGUAAUCAAGGCGAGGUCAUUGAACUGCGAUUACGAACAGAUGCGCACGAUGGAUAUCGCGAUUACAAAACUAUUCGCAAGACAUUAUGCCACGAACUGGCGCACAAUGUCCAUAGUCCGCACGAUAGAAACUUCUGGGACUUGUGUCAUCAGAUUGAACGAGAAGUUGACGCUGCCGAUUGGAAAUCAGGUGGACAUACGAUCGGUGAAACAUCGCGAUACACUGUUUCUGGACGUGAUGAGGAAGAAGAGGAUUAUCCUGAGGACUUUGGAGGUUGGACGGGUGGUGAAUUUGUCUUGGGAGGGGUUAAGAACAAUUCCACUGCUGGGAUGAGUAGACGAGAGGUACUGGCUCAAGCAGCGCUUGAAAGACAGAGAAAGGAGGUUGAUUCUGAGCGAAAGGUGUUGGAGGAGCAUAGACAAAGAUCACCACCCGGUGAUGAAUCCAAGUAACUUAAUGACAUUCAAACAGCGAGGCGUAGGAAUACCCAUAGAAGGCACAGCACAACAUUGCAUAGCAUAAGCAGGCGUUAGCAUUACAAUCUGAUACACUAUAUCCAUACAUUCUGUCCCCUCAAUAAGGAAGAGGAUCCAAGUUCAAUCCCUCAACGCUAAACUUGAACGCAUCGUUUCGCGAAUAACUCCCCGCAGCGUCAAGAUCAAGACGGCCCCUGAU